UCCAUCGUUGGUUGUGUUAAAUGCAUUAAGGUGCUUCAGAAAAAAAGAGUCCAAUAGACUUAUGUUUGCAAGCCGCCACCAUCAGUUUUUCUUUUUAUUUAUAAACAAAUCUUAAGCAUUUUCUUAAGGGAAAAACAAAAAAGAAGAAGAUUUUAAAUGAUGGCCAACAGAAUCAUUCAAUUAUACAUAUGUGCAAGCUAUCCUAGACUUUAUGCUGCAAAGGAUGAGUGUACUAUUGCGACAAGGUUUAGUACGUCUUAUGCUGAUUGCAACAUAUAUACUCUUGGUACAGAUUCCAAGAAUCUUAAAUAACAAAUAACAUUUUAUUAUAGUGAGCGUAUCAAGAAGAUCCCAGGCUAAAGGAGAUUAAUAUGAAAGUGCAACGAAUCGAAAAAUCAACAACGUGCUUAGUCUUAACACUAAUCAAGCAAUUUGAUGAUCAAAAUACACUCCGUCAGAUGCUCUACAUCGCUGACAAUGUACCUAAUUUCCAUAUGUUGUUCAAGAUGCGCCCCUCUGAUCUGAUUUAUAAAAUCUAGUAGCCACAUUCAAAGAAUGUCAAACCUGCUGAAAAUGCAGACGAUAUUCUUGAAGACCAUGAGGAAAAUCCACAUGUUUUCUUUAAACGUUUACCCGAGGUUAUUGGCGACAUUUGGAAACGUAUAACGUCAGUGUGGGCGUGUAUACUGAAACAGUAUUUGAAAGAUAUGUACGCCCUACAGGCUAAGAAGACGUGCCCAAUUUCAAUUGCAGAAAUUAAGGAAUUGGUCAUAAAAUCAAGUGAUGUCUGUUUAAAUCCAGAAGAUGAGAAAGAUUUAUUUAUAUUUUUUCAGUUUAAACAACUUAUAAAUAAGUUUGAUCCAGAUGAUGCAUAUCUGCUCUUGAUAAAGAAAAAAAAUAAACAUGAUCAAGCUGGUGAGAGUAGUAUAGGAGCAAGAGCGGGCAGUGCGACAACGCCACAUGUAAAUAGUGUUAAUCAUACGAUGGUUUCAAGACCAUCCCAAAGCAAGAGAAUCGUUGGAUAGUAGCAGUGGAAAAAUUGCACCCAGCAUAGGCUUUGGAACGCCAACAUUACAGAACAAAUGAAUCAGAAACAACUAUUGGAAAAUUGACCCAAUGAAUAAUAAUAAUAAUAAUUAGUUUUUAACAAGUCUUGUUAUUUAAUUAAACAAUUUGGCGGAAAAUUGAUGAACAUACCUUUUGUUUUGAUCUGGAUUUGUUUUUAUCUCAAAACUGUUCUUACUUUGGUUCGAUAUAUAAAUAUAUUUAUCAAUAUAUAAAUGUUCAAUAAAUCAAUAGUACCUAUAAUAGUAUCUGGUUAGUAAUGAAAAUGACUUUUUUUAAGUUUUGAGAAUCACUUUGAAAAUUAACACCACACAAACUAACAAGUUAUUCUUUAGAAAUCUCGAAUAAACAUUAUUAUUUAAUGUUAUCACAAAAGCAAAAUUUCUUGAACAAUAUA